UAGCACGCUGUCCGAAUAAGUAAAACUAGUAAAGUGAGAAAGCAAUGGGACAUGCAAAUUACACUGGAGUCUAGUUUCAAAGUUUCAUUACAUUAAUUAUUCAAUAUUUUCACCCCAUUGCCCUUCUUUACAAUUUACCCUAAUUUUCUAAAUGCCAGGGUUCUUAAGUUCGCCGAAGUAGCAGCUGCCAAAGUGGGGAGAGGGAGUGCCAUAUAUGAAAAUGUUUGAAGUUUUGAAACUCGAAAGCUUUUAUCGAACGGCUACUAUGGCAACAACGACAGCUCCUCACAAUUAAACCACAAAUCAUUGCCAUUCCAUAAGCCAGUAUCGGAUCUCUAUCAAAACCCCCAUUUUUCCAGAAACCGGUUAAAACCAUGGAAGCAGCCCCCAGCCAAGACAGGGCCUCGCCUCCAUCGAAGCCCUCGAAGUUCUCAGUGUACCAGAACCCAACCCUAUCCGCUGCUUUAACGGCUACAAGUCUACAGCCCUCCAAAUCAACUCUUCUUUGCAUACUUUCUCUCUCCUCUGCUUCUGCUUUUGCUCUCCUCUCCAUCGCUUCCAGGGGAACUGGGUUGGCUGAUAAAUUGAAGUUUGGAAAUUUAUCUGAUGAAGUUGCUUAUAUAUUUGCCAAGGCAAUACAGACUGCAUCGGGUGUAGUUUUCAUUGGUACAAUUUUUGCCCUAUUCAAAGUCAUCUCUCUGCAUAGGGCCAGGAGCACUUGUAGUGUGCCAGUUUUAUCUCCUUCUAAAGAAACUAAGGAUCCACCUCGUCUAACGAAGCGCCAGUUGGGGCUUUUGGGAAUAAAACCAAAGGUUGAGCAAGUUGUACUGGAGUCUUCUAAGAAACCUCCCAAGUCCAAACACUUGGUGACAUCAUCUCCUUCAGAUGUUCUUGUUCCACUACAUCCACCAAUUAAUGGCUCAGAUCGUAAGUCUCGAGUCAGCUCUAAUAAAUCAAACACCAGUGGUGGGAAUAAGAUGAAUUCUUUUGCUAGUCCAUCCAGAUACCAGGGUGCCCCUUCUUCAACAUAUCUUGUUCCGGCAUCCACUUCUGCAUUAUCUUCUCUUCAAACUUCACCAGGACAGGAGCCUGUGGUAAAAACCCCUUGGUCCAAUAAGCGAGCCUCCUCUACCAAAGAAAUAACAACAGAAGAGCAACUUGAACAGUUUCUUGCGGAAGUAGAUGAGAAAAUCACUGAAUCAGCUGGAAAACUAGCCACCCCUCCUCCAACCAUCGGUGGAUUUGGAAUAGCAAGUCCUAAUACUGUUGCAAGUUCGGCUAAUACAUCUGGAACUACAAGGAGUACACCACUGAGGCCUGUGAGGAUGUCUCCUGGUUCCCAGAAAUUUACCACUCCUCCAAAGAAAGGAGAGGGUGACCUUCCUCCUCCAAUGUCCAUGGAAGAGUCUAUUGAAGCUUUUGAUCAUUUGGGCAUCUAUCCCCAAAUCGAACAGUGGCGUGAUCGCCUCAGACAGUGGUUUUCUUCUGUUCUGCUAAACCCUUUACUUAAUAAGAUUGAAACAAGUCAUCUUCAGGUAACGCAAGCAGCUGCUAAACUCAAUAUCUCAAUAACAAUUAGUCAAGUAGGAAGUGAUCUAUCAACCAAUGGAAGUCCUGUUACUUUGUCUCCACCUGAUAGGAUGAAGGAAUGGCAACCAGCUUUCGCCCUUGAGGAAGAAGGGCUACUUCAUCAGUUACGUGCAACUCUUGUGCAGGCUCUUGAGGCUUCCAUGUCAAAGCCUUUAGCCAGCCAACAACAAUCCCCACAACAAAAUCCUUUUAUCCCUGUUAUGCAGGAGUGUGUCGAUGCUAUUGCUGAACACCAGAGGCUUCAUGCAUUGAUGAAAGGGGAGUGGAUGAAGGGUUUGCUGCCACAAAGCAGUGUGAGGGCAGAUUACACAGUGCAAAGGAUUCGAGAACUUGCUGAAGGAACCUGCUUGAAGAAUUAUGAGUAUCUUGGAAGUGGGGAGGUUUAUGACAAAAAGAACAAGAAGUGGACUCAUGAUCUUCCAACUGAUUCUCACUUGCUCUUGUACCUGUUUUGUGCUUUCUUAGAGCACCCAAAAUGGAUGUUACAUGUUGAUCCUACUUCUUAUGCUGGAGCUCAAUCUAGUAAGAAUCCCUUAUUUUUGGGGGUCCUGCCACCGAAAGACAGGUUUCCAGAAAAGUACAUUGCCAUUAUAUCUGGUGUACCUUUGACUCUUCAUCCAGGAGCUUGCAUACUGGCAGUUGGAAAGCAAAGUCCCCCCGUUUUUGCUUUAUACUGGGACAAGAAAUUGCAGUUCUCUCUUCAGGGGAGAACAGCACUGUGGGAUUCCAUCUUGCUUUUGUGCCAUAGAAUAAAGGUUGGAGGAUAUGGAGGCAUUGUGCGGGGCAUGCACAUUGGCUCUUCAGCCUUGAAUAUACUCCCAGUUCUUGAUCCGGAGAAUGAAGACUGAGUUCUUUUUAGGCAUGCAGAAUGAUGCGGUUUUGCCUGUUUAUUGCUGUAGUCAGCUAAGAAUUUGCAAACUGCAGUCCAUGUUUCAAUCAUUGUAGAAGUAGAACGUCUUCUCAUGUGGGAAACUUGGAAUCAAGUGGGGGAUGUUUGAAAUUUUGCUUGACUUAAGUUGGUAGUUUUUGUAGUGAAGGUAAUUUAUACUUAUCUUCAGAUUAAUGUAUUUGAACCAAAAUCUUGGCGAAAUUGUACCCCCUUGGCAUAUCAUGCUUUUGCUUAAAACAUCCCCAAUGGUACCAAAUAGACAUCUUCUUGUUGUGAGAAUCAAAGCCUGGCAGUUGGCAGGAGUUUGAUCCCCUGCUACAAAAAUAAAGCCUCUAUCAUAGUCCUCUAAAGAAUGUGCACAAUCAAUUACUCCCAAAUUGGUCUGCCAUUUAUUCUUGUCACGCUGAAGGUAAAACUUCUACUAAUGAUUAUCAGGAAGUUUUCUAUUUCUGGUCUGCGGUUCUUGUACCAAUAAUGAGUAGUGUUAGAGCAAAAAUGAGGGGGAAGUGAAGCUUGCUUAACCUUUGAUGCAUAGACUACUAAGAGGAGAGAAUACAGGAUUUCAAUGAAUAUAAAA